AUGUCCAAGUCUUUCGAAAUCGCCAUCGUUGGUGGCGGUAUUGCCGGGCUCACACUCGCCAUCGCUCUACAUCGCCGCAACAUCGCUGUGCAAGUCUACGAGCAGACAGCACAAUUCAAAGAAAUCGGGGCUGGGGUAUCAUUCAGUUCCAAUGCAGUCGCAGCAAUGGAGACCUGUGACGGUGAAUUGGCCGGCUCAUUCGGACCGGGCGUCAAGAGCGCCUUCGACAAGGUGACCACCGCCAACGGAUGGCCGAGCAAGCAGACCGUCUGGUUUGACUACUACGAUGGAAUGUCCCCCAAGCAGCGCGACGAAAUUCUCUUCUCCAUCACCAGUGGUUGCGGCCAGCAAGGCGUACACCGCGCCCGCUUCCUCGAUGAGCUAGUCAAAGCAUUUCCUGCGGAGAAGACACACCUCGGCAAGCGUCUGCAGAACAUCGUCGAGCGUGAGGAUGGAAAAAUUAUUUUAAACUUUACCGACGGCACCUCUGCUGAGGCCGACGCGGUCAUCGGUUGUGAUGGUAUUCACUCACGAGUACGCAGCUUCAUUGUUGGCGAGAAUCACCCGUCGGCGCAUCCGUCGUACUCGCACAAGUACGCAUACCGUGGCAUAGUGCCGAUGGAGGCAGCUAUCGAGGCCAUUGGAGAAGAAAAAGCUCGGAACUCCUGCAUGUUUCUGGGCAAGUCAGGCCAUGUGCUCACUUUCCCAAUGGACGACGGCAAAUUCCUCAACAUGGUGGCCUUUUACGAGGACCAAAACGAGUGGGCCGAUGACAGGAGGCUCACCAAAAUGUCGACGCGCGAAGAUGCCCUUAACGACUUUAAAGACUUUGGCCCCGAUGUGACCAAGAUUAUGAGCCUGGUUCAGCCUCGGCUUCCUAUUUGGGCCAUCUUUGAUACCUGCGAGAAUCCUCUGCCAAUCUUCUUCAAAGGACGCAUUGCCGUGAUUGGAGACGCAGCACACGCGACGUCGCCGCACCACGGCAACGGUGCUGGCUUUGCGAUUGAGGACAGUGCUCUCAUCGCAGAACUUUUGGCAGAUGAACUAGUGCAUACUCCUCGAGACAUCGAGGCCGCUCUAGCCACCUACGACAAAGUCCGACGAGGCCGCGACCAGUGGCUGGUGCAGAGCAGCAGAUUCGUGGGCAAUGUAGAUGCCGGCUUGAUCCCUGAGAUUGGCACAGACUACAAAAAAGUUCACCAAGAGAUCAAGGAACGUUACUCUAAGAUCAUCGGGUUUAGUCCUAAAGAGGAGGCCAUACACGCCAAGAAAGUCAUGCACGAGAAACUGGCUUUGUAA